AUGGUGGUGCAAAGAAGACAAAAAAAGUCACUGGAGUCGAUCAACUCCAGGCUCCAGCUCGUCAUGAAAAGUGGAAAGUACCUGCUGGGGUACAAGCAGACUCUGGAAGUGAUCAGACAUGGCAAAGCGAAACUGGUCAUCCUCACCAACAACUGCCCAACCUUGAGGAAAUCUGAAAAAGAAUGUUACGGCAUGUUGGCCAAAACUGGUGCCCAUCACUACACUGGCAAUAAUACUGAAUUGGGCACAGCAUGUGGGAAAUGCUACAGAGUACGCACACUGGCUAUCAUUGAUCCAGGUGAUUCUGAUACCAUUAGAAGCAUGUGA